CGACGUUGCUGAACGGACCACCUGGACGGGACUCUUGACGCCUGUCGCUGGUCUGUCACCACCACACGAUCCACCAUCGCCAACAUCGCGCUUCUGGCCGCAGUCACGCCCAGCUCUACCCAAGAGGCCUUUUGCCUGCCAGACGUCUGCUCUCUGUUGGUGCCCACCCGUCCUUUCACCGCCUCGGCCCCAGCUCGCUCCACUGCCUCACCGUCACUCCUGCACGCGGAGCUGUCCCUGGUCCGCGGGAGCAUGGAACUGGGCAACAUUCUGAACGCGAAAUUGACAGUGAAUGCAGUGACAGGACACGCUUUCGGGAUGCAACACGCAAUGCAGCACGAAAUCCCCCCACAACACUUUGGCGCGCCGCCCUACAUCAACGGCCGCAUCAAGUCGGAGAACGGCUCCGAGCGAGGAGUAUCACCACACCCUUCCGAGUCGUCGCGUUAUAGCUCGCAGCAACCGCAACCGCUCCCGUCGUACCCGCCCAUGCCCUCGCACUCCAACAUGAACGGCAUGCGUUAUCCGUCGCCUACGCAGAUGCAGAACCCGAUGCCGCUUUUAAACAACAAUAACUACAUUCCGAACCCCCCAGACCACACAUACGCGCAGCAGGCCCCUGACCAGCAGAAUCAGCAGCCUGGUGGGCGGCCUGCAUCAGACACGGGCCCACCAAAGGCAUUCGCGUGCUCGACCUGCGGCAAGGGCUUUGCGCGACGCAGUGACCUCGCACGUCAUGAACGUAUCCACAGCGGCAUCCGCCCUCACGUGUGCGAGUACCCCAACUGUGGCAAGCAGUUCAUUCAGCGAUCUGCAUUGACUGUCCAUCAACGAGUCCACACCGGCGAGAAGCCACACAUGUGUGAACGAUGUGGAAAACCCUUCAGUGACUCAAGCUCCUUGGCACGACAUCGUCGUAUCCACUCUGGGAAGCGUCCGUACAAGUGCCCCUAUGCCGACUGCCAGAAGACAUUUACGCGCCGUACGACUUUGACUCGUCACCAGAACCACCAUACAGGCACAGUAGAGGAAGCUGCCGCGGCCACCGCUGCUGCUCUGGCUUCCCGUGCGUCGGCUCCUAGCAGGUCUGCGCGUUCUGAUGCGGAUGAGUACUCUGAAACAGCCUCUCCUCUGGGGACACCUUCUCCAAACGAGCGACCUCUCUCCCUCUCCCCAGCUGCUGGGAUGCCUGCUGGUGUGGUUCCUGGAAUGCAUCGCCAGGGCUCUGAUUAUGCGUAUAUGGGCAACCUGAAUGUUCCUCCCCACCUCCGGAAUGAGAUGCCUCAACCCAGCCCACGCUCCUCUCCUUCCUUGACCUCGCAGUCCUACCAAUCCAACGUCAGCACCCAGCGUCCCGCUAUUACGUCCCACCCCAGCGGAUAUGGCCCACCACCGAUUCUAGAGCCACCAGCGUCUGCAAACCACAAUAAUCAAUCCGGAGGUACCGGAAGUGCCAACGGCAGUCCGCAUAUAGGGACAAUGGGCUGGCAGUCACCAUCACAGCAAGCAUUACCGUCUCCAGGUGCAGGUGAUAGCGGAUAUGUCUAUCCCGACCCUCACUAUGGAAACUCGGCGUCCAACAUGUACUACCCUAACAACUCCAACAUUCGUCGACCGAACAGCACCGAGCCCGAUCAUUACAACCCGAACCAGCAAAGGAUGGGCAGUGACAUGUGGGCGUCGCCAGUUCAGUAGAUGAUGUGUUCCAUGUAUUGUAUUACCUAGAAGUCGAAGGUCUGAGGCUCAUUACACCGGUGUUUGCUCAUUGGUUAUACCCCUGU